AGAACACCCCGAAACGGAACGUCUGGUCCUCGGCCCACCCAUCAACACCAAUAUCUGAUUAAUCAACCAACACCAACAAGUCACAACACCUCUAGUCCACCAUGGCCCCUUCUCUUCACCCAUUGAUCGACAACGGUCUCACCAAGGGAGACCCCAACUUCGCCGGCGGAAAGCUCCGUUGCCAUUGCAAGAGCAACCCCGUUGAAGUUACACUCGGAGGCAACGUUGCCCACAACCACGCUUGCGGAUGCUCAAAGUGCUGGAAGCCCGCUGGCGCUCUCUUCUCCGUUGUCGGUGUUAUUUCAAGAGACCAAGUCAAGGUCACUGCGAACGAGAGCAAGCUCCACGUUGUCGACGACUCGGCAGUCAUUCUCCGAAACGCCUGCAAGGAGUGCGGGGUUCAUCUGUACGGACGUAUCGAAAAGGCACACCCCUUCAAGGGUCUGGACUUUGUGCACGCGGAGCUCUCGGAUCAGAAGGGAUGGCAGGAACCCCAGUUCGCCGCCUUUGUCUCUUCCAUUAUUGAGCAAGGCUUCCACCCCAGCGGCAUCGAUGAGGUUCGCAGCAAAUUUAAGUCUGUUGGGCUGGAGACAUACGACGCCUUGUCGCCUGCAUUGAUGGACCUUAUCGCGACUUGGACCGGACAGCAGUCCGGCCGUCUCCCGACCAAGCUUUAAAGGUCACCCAAAAAUCAUAAAGCUGUUCUUGAUAUCCUCGAUUAUUCAGAAAUGGGCACUCGGACUGCACAAAAGCCAUAAAGGCAUGGAUUGGUUAUCAUGGCAAAAUCAAAAUGCUGCUUUCACGCGCGAUGCUUCUUAGCUAAUUGUCACCGUCUUUGUUGUGAAUACCAUCGACAGCAAGGAACACUGUUUCGUACUUAUGCUUGUGUUUCUCCUGGAUUAACGGGGAAGGGAACACUAAUUCUCGAUGCUCACAG